GACGUUUAUUGGCUAAGUUUGACUUCGUACGCCCCCCCGCCUCCUGCGCACUUUGAGAGUCAGUUGUGCCGCGGCUCUCACCGCAAGAAGACGUCGACGUGAUGCCGAAUAGAUCCGCUACACACGUGAGUCAUGUCAUUUCGAUGUUACGGGGACAAAAAAAAUAUCAUUCCGGAGUUUGCUAUAUGUUAUUUGUUUCAUAUUUGUUAUUUUUCAAAUAUUUACAGAUCGUGUAUUUUGUACUUGUGAGUUUAAAUGUCGCGAUAGUUAAAGAAUGUGGGAUUUAGUUAUUUUUUUAUAAUUUUAUUUCACCUCGGUUUAUCAUUCCACCAAUUUCAUUCCGGUGAUUUCGGUGUAGUAAAAUGGCUUUAAUACCCACCAGAAUGAAAAUAACACCGGAAUGAUAUCAAAAGUAGCUUCACUUUUGUGUUUAAGUAUUAUUUGGGGGCACUGCCAUGCCCCCGCCAAGUCCGACAGAAUAAGAUUCCGGCUUUACCAUCUUUUUCUACAAGCCAUUAAACCUCAUGUCGUUUUAUGAUGGGUAAAGCUAGACCCCUGAAUUUGUGGUUACAAAAUAGGCAUUAACAUCAAUUGGGUGUUUCUCGGUAAACUGGUAAACACCUGUCUUUGGCAAAUUUUGACAAAAUUACUCCAAGUAGGUAAUUAUUAAUCAAAACUAUUUUUCGAAAAACACUUCAGUGAUGUUUAUAGUACCAUUCUUUUUUUUUUCAAAUGUUACUUCAUUUGUUUAUUAUAAUUUUUUAAGAGUCCGUAGUUGAUAUUUCGCGAUUUCGACCAACUUUGAUGUGAGAUUUAUUUGCUUUUAGAAUGCCACGAUUAAAAAAAAUCACGAAUGAAGAGCAAAGAAGAAAAAAGAAUGAGUAUGAAAGAAAACGUAAAGAAAAGAUAAGAAAUGAUCCUAUAUUACGUGAACGAUACCGGCAGAAAGAAAGGGAGAGAUAUGCAAGAAGAAAAAGAGAAGGGUUGCUUCCAAGAAGUAAACUGGACCCCCGCAGUCUUCAAAUUUUACGAAACAAAAACAGAAUUAGUGCUAAAGCUUAUUAUAGGAGAAAAAAAGCAAAGGCCGCUGCAAAAUGUAUUAAUCCCUCAAACGAUAACGUUCUAUUAGCUCCACAAAAUUUAAUUGAAAGGGAAAACUCUGAUAAUGGUGAAACGCAACAGCUAAGAGGAGAGACAAGACAUUUCAACCGUGAAGUUGAUCAACAAGCAUUAAGCGGAUCCCAGCCUGACUUGCAAAUCAAUACAUCAAUGUCAAGUGAUCGGGUUCUACGAUCAAUGCAGUUAAAUGUUUCUGUCGCCGAUUUGGAGUCUGAAAUUUCGCCGUUUUUUCUGCGAUCAAGCAGUUUGCAGAACUCCGCACCAAGAUCACCUUGUAGCACGCCAAGUAUAAGUAGUAUACAUUCAGUUGAACCUUGUCCAAGCAGUCCUGCCUCAACAGCGUCUUCAGAAUUAAAACGAGAUUUCCAGGCUAAAUUAAGAAAAUAUCAAAGAUUGAAGUCAAAGCAAGUUACUGAUUUGAGGAAGAAGGUGGCCAAAAUUGCUAAAGAGAAUGAAAUGUAUAAAAAAAGGUAUAAAAGACUAAGUCAAUUAGUAAAACAAUCUCCAAAACUAUGCCCCUUGUACAAAAUGAUUCGUGUUCACCUAUUAAGAGUAAUACAGAUCACAAGCAUAAAAGAAUUCGAUCCAUAGUUCUGAAAUUUUAUGAAGAUGAUGAAAACUCAACUAUCUGCCCAGGAAAAAAGGAUACUGUGACCAAAGCAGGGGUAAAAAAACAAAAAAGAUUACUGAAUGCCACUGUAAAAGACUUACAUUUAAAAUAUAUACGAGCAGGCUUUCCACCGAUUAGCUACGUAACAUUUGCGCGAAUGAAACCUUUUUGGGUAAUACAGCCGGAUGUGAAUAAACGAAACACUUGCCUAUGCGAAAAACACGACAAUAUGAAGCUAUUGAUCGAUACUUUGAAAACCAACAAAAUCAUUAAGGAGAAUACCAUAUUUACAAUGCUGGACUCUUUGUGCUGCAAGAAAGAAAAUGUUGCCUGUCUCAUGAGACAGUGUAAUAAUUGUAAAAAUAAAAGUAUACAUUACCAGGAAUUUAGUAAUGCAACCGAAAUAGCCCAUUAUGCCUGGGAAAAAAAUAAAUCCCAAUAUAUCAAAAAUGGUGUCGAAAAAACGACUACCAGGACUGAAAAGGUAAGAAAAUACAUUAAACCACUAGACCUUAUCAAGACCUUUGAAAAAACUUUGACACCAUUUAUGAAACAUUGUGGCAAUAUUAUGAAUCAGACACAAGCCAUGAAGAAAAUAAAGAGUACUAUGUCUGUGAAAGACUGCGUUAUUCACAUUGACUUCAGUGAAAACUACGAAACAAAGUACGGCACUGAAGUGCAAUCAGUGCAUUUUGGCGGAAGUAGAAAACAAAUUACCUUGCAUACGGCAGUCCUUUAUUUCAAAUUAGACGAAGUUACAAAAGAGACUCAGUCUUUUUGCACAAUAAGUACUUCUUUACGACACGAUGCUGCUGCAGUAUGGGCGCACAUUGUACCUAUUUUGGAAGAAAUUGAGAAAAGAGCCCCCCUGGUUUGUAAUCUACACAUCAUUUCUGACUCCCCAUCCAGUCAGUACCGCAAUAAAAAAAUGUUGUACAUUAUAUCGCAAUUGGCUUCCUGUUGUCCACAGUUGACCAACAUAAUUUGGAACUAUUGCGAAUGCGGACACGGAAAAGGUGCUGCGGACGGGAUUGGUGGUAUUUUAAAGACGGCUGCCGAUAAAAUGGUCUCCUUUGGAAAUGACAUCCCUGAUAUCGAUGCUUUGGUCCAAAUUUUGCAGUCUAGGGUUCAACGAGUGAAAAUCAAAAUAGUCCAAGACUACGAAGUAACAGAAAAAGAUUGGCUGUUACCUAAGAACUUAAAGACUUUUCCCGGAACUAUGCAAGUACAUCAAGUCGUAUGGAUGAAAGAAACAGAAAGUCGCUUGGCACUUCGAUGCCUUUCAUGCACUGAACCAGAGUGCCAAAAUAAUGCAAUCAGAUGCCCUCACGGUAAACAUUUGGGUUUUCAUGACUCGGCUCCAAACCGUGGUAAUGAGCCUCAACCAAAUAAUGCAGUGACCAAAAAUAAGCAAAACAAAAUUGUACCGGCUAUAAAUAUGCAGUCUUCAAAAAAAUCCAGUAAGACUAAGAACGUCAAACCAAGUGAGAGUUUGGCGAAACUGACGCCCGUUAAAAUGUCCGAUAUUCUAAUACUACCCCAAAAACACAUAAACGUACAUGACAUGUCGGAGGUCACCGUUAAAGAAACAAUACCUGCCUCUGAGCGAAUGACAACAUUAUCUAAAACUAAAGUCAUGCAACACGGUAAAGGCAAACUUGUAGCUAAAAAGUCAAAGACAUCAGAAUCGAAGGUUUCACCAUUAAAACCUGUUGGUACCCCGAGGAUUUUAAAGAACCAAUUAUUAAGCUCAUCUCCAAAAAGUUUCCUCAAGGCCAAACAUGUACCAAAACUAAAUUGUGGUCCCUCAACGUCCAAAAUACCUACGUCUUUAGCAAAACCAGGUAAAGGUCCAUCAGUAUCAAGUUUAUCUCGGAUUAGUAAGGAUAGUGAAAAAGAGUCAACUGGCUCUAUAAUCAGUAGGUCAUUGCUAACACAUUAUGAGAAUCAGGUUUUAGAAGAAGUAAUACCAUCGAGUUCAUUUUUUGAAGCCGAGUUUGACAGCAAACUGUUUUCUGAACAGGAAGAAGCCAGGAACAUGGAAAAUUUGUCAGCAAUAAGACGUGUCAAUCAGGAAAAAUCUAAUGUAUUUGAAAGUGACGCAGAUUCUUCUGACUUAGACAUAUUUUAG